CAAACACACAGGAAAGCAUAUUCGUGAUCCAAACGCAGCCUUACGAUUUAACCGGUCUCUUUGCAAGGGAUACCUGUUAACAAAGUGACACAGAGAGCAAAAGAGAAGAAACUGAAAGCGGUAGUAAACAUGGCAACGACAUCGUUUCUUCGGAACAAGUACUGGGUUCUGAGGCACGGUAAAAGCAUUCCAAACGAGAAAGGGCUUAUAGUUUCUUCAUUGGAAAAUGGAACGCGUCCUGAGUAUCAAUUGGCAUCAGAAGGUGUCAAUCAAGCUCAAUUGGCUGGAGAAUUAUUCCUGAAGAAUUUAAAUGAAAAUAACAUACCACUAGAAAGUGUCCGCAUAUGCUACUCCCCUUUUUCCAGGACAACUCACACAGCUAAAGUUGUGGCAUCUGUUUUGAAUAUCUCAUUUGAAGGUCCUCAAUGUAAGGUGAUUGAAGAUCUCCAGGAACGUUUCUUCGGUCCUACAUUUGAACUUAUGUCACAUGAUAAAUAUACAGAGAUAUGGGCCCUUGAUGAGAAAGAUCCAUUUAUGAGACCAGAAGGUGGAGAAAGUGUAAAUGAUGUGGCUUCUAGACUUGCAAGUGCUAUGUUGUCGAUUGAAUCAAAAUUUCAAGGAUGCUCAAUUUUGGUUGUCAGCCAUGGCGAUCCCCUGCAAAUCUUGCAGACACUACUAAAUGCAGCUAAGGAGAUCACAGGACCCAAUGUCAAUGGCUUGGAUUCAACACUUAAAGCUGUCCGAGUCUCUAACAUCUUGUCACAGCACAGAAAAUAUUCUUUGCUUACUGGAGAACUCCGGGCAGUUGUAUAGUUUGCACUUGGCAUCUCGUUCAUGAGCAUAAAACCAUUGCAUAGGUCAUGGCAUUGUAUGGCUUAGAAUGAAAUUCAGCCCAAGAUUUUUUCAACAGAAAAAGAUAGUUGCCUGAAUAAGAUCAGGGUGAAAGCUUUUCAGAAUAAUUUUUUGCAUAAUAUUUUAAAGUGUUGUUUAGUCAACUUAUUGUUGAAGAUUGGUGCUAUUUGCUCUCCAUCUAUGAAUUAAAGCCCCGUUUAUCAAUUCAGUCAAGAUUGAUUGUAAUCCUCUAACUUGUUGGUUUCUUGGUUCAUAUACUCAUCUUUGUUAUUGAA